GUCUACGCUGCCACUAAACUAUUAGAUAGCCAACGUUGACUCAGAUCCUCCAUAAUUCUCCAGUAGAAAAACGUGUUAAAACUUCAAUUUAAUCACUUAAAUUGUUCUCGUAAGUGAAUUCCGUUUACGUUGGCAGCGUUAUCUGGCAGGGGUUUAAUGUAAAAUGACUCUAUUUAGCUUAAAACCUCACGUAAUGGAGCAAGCGUAACAGCUAGCAGUUUGUGUUUCCGUUGAGAGGUACACGUUACCUAGUGAUAAACAAGUCUUAGCUAGCGUUGCGGGCCUCUUCAUCAAGACUCGUCGAGAUGAUUCUCUCUCGCGUGAAGCCAGCCGUGGGAGGAGAGACGGCAGUGAGCAUCAGCGAGAAAAAGAAGAAAAACAAGACAAAAGUUCCGUCAUUGGAGGAAUACCUGCAACAGAGAGACUACCUUGGGGCUUUUACCCUGUUAGAGUUUCAGAGAAGUAUUGGUGAGAAAGAAGAGCAUGCAGACCUCUGGAUUGGCUACUGUGCCUUCCACCUGGGCGAUUACAAGAGAGCUAUGGAGGAGUACAAAGCUCUGACCAUGAAGCCUGACUGUGCUGAGGAUGUGUGGGUCUUUCUGGCCUGUGUACUGUUUUUUCUGGGUCUCUAUAAAGAGGCUCAGGACGCUGCAUCUAAGGCUCCAGUGUCCCCCCUCCAAAACCGACUACUCUUCCACCUGGCUCACAAGUUUAACGAUGAGAAGAGUCUGAUGAGUUUCCAUCAGAAUCUGGAGGACGUGACGGAGGACCAGCUGAGCCUGGCGUCCAUCCACUACAUGCGCUCCCACUACCAGGAGGCUAUAGACAUCUACAAACGCCUUCUCCUGCAGAACAGAGAGUUCCUGGCCCUGAAAGUGUACGUGGCUCUGUGUUACUACAAGCUGGAUUACUACGACGUGUCUCAGGAGGUGCUGGCUGUGUACCUGCAGAGCGUGCCGGACUCCACUAUUGCCCUGAACCUCAAGGCCUGCAACCACUUCAGACUUUACAAUGGCAAGGCAGCCGAGGCUGAGUUGAAGAACCUAAUCGACAUCUCCUCCUGCUCCUUUGAGUUUGCUAAGGAGCUUAUCCGACACAACCUGGUGGUGUUCCGUGGUGGGGAGGGGGCGUUGCAGGUGCUGCCUCCUCUGAUCGAUGUGAUCCCCGAGGCCAGACUCAACCUGGUCAUCUACUAUCUCAGACAAGAUGAUGUGCAGGAAGCCUACAACCUCAUCCAGGAUUUGGUUCCCAACACAACUCAGGAGUACAUUCUGAAAGGAGUCGUCAAUGCAGCUUUGGGACAAGAAAUUGGAUCAAGGGAUCACCUGAAAUUUGCUCAGCAGUUCUUCCAGCUGGUCGGAGGCUCGGCCAGCGAAUGCGACACUAUUCCUGGCAGACAGUGCAUGGCGUCCUGCUUCUUCCUCUUAAGACUGUUUGAAGAUGUCCUCAUAUAUCUCAACUCAGUCAAGGGUUAUUUCUAUAACGAUGAUACGUUCAACUUCAACUAUGCUCAGGCUAAAGCAGCCCUUGGCAACUACAAAGAAGCAGAAGAGAUUUUUCUACUGAUUCAGAGUGAAAAGAUCAAGAAUGACUAUGUUUACCUCAGCUGGCUGGCUAGAUGCUACAUCAUGAACCAGAGGGGCCGGCUUGCCUGGGAGCUCUAUCUGAAGAUGGGCACUUCCUCCGAUUCCUUCAGUCUGCUGCAGCUUAUUGCCAACGACUGCUACAAGAUGGGCCAGUUCUACUAUGCAGCUAAAGCAUUUGAUGCUCUGGAGAAACUGGACCCAGAAUCCAACUACUGGGAGGGCAAGAGAGGCGCAUGUGUCGGCAUCUUCCAGCUCAUACUGGCCAACAAGGAGUCUAAGGAGACACUUAAAGAGGUGUUGUCUCUGCUGCGAAAUUCAGGAAACCCCCAGGUUGAAUAUAUCAUUCGAGCUCUGAGGAAAUGGGCCAAAGACAACAGAGUCCUUCUCUCAUGACAGCUGAUCUUCAGCUCGCUACAUCAAGAGUAGCUUCAUUAUGCAGACAUCAGCAGUUCUAUUGUAUAAAUUAUACCUAUGCCCAAAAAUAAAACUAUUAUCUCUGCCAUUACGUUGUUAAAUAUGUCAGUUUUGAAUUGCAAUUCUCUAUGUACUCGUAUAUUUAUAAUAAAAACGUGACUAUGUA